CUCUUGCCUGACAUAUUUUAUUGUGUCGGUAUCCAUUUGGACAAGAUUUGGAUUUCGAUUCCGAACUAUUCCUUCUUUUGUCCCGAAAACAAAAAUCGAUCCAGCUUUCCAUCCUGCGACUUCAAUCCUCCCACAGCCAACAGAUGCCUCCAGUGCCUUGCAACAAGUAAAAGUUGAAGAAUUGCCCGCAAAAGACGUCGUAUUAGAGCCUGUUAAAGACGUAGACGCAUUGUAGCUGUACCGUUUGCACAAUUAUCCAUUUCUUGGUACGUACGAAGACCAAUUAAAAACUUACCACUUCUAAUUCAAAGAAAACUGCUAUCUCUACUUGCACAAGAUUUGCAAUUACUGCUCUAGCGAUACUCGACUAAUCAGCGUCUAGAACUACUUCUGUUCAAAACUACAACUAAAUCAUUGAUUUUUAAGUACCACAGAAAGCGAAUAAAGCGGUGCUGCCUUACAAUUGCAUCACAGUUCUCGUCUUUGCAUCAUCACAAACUGCGUAAAAUAAAAGCGCAAUAACUUCUACAGUGUUGUGCAAAAAUCAAAAAACAAUCGAAAAUGAUUUCCCGUUGUUCCUACGUGAAGGCCGUCGUGCUAUCCGUGCUCUGUGUUCGCAACGAGUUUGAUAUUUACCAGAAUGUCGCUGCGUUGCAAGCGGGCCGUGGUGUUCGUCCUGGCGCGGCCAGCAGAUCCGUUACGCCCACUCCGGCAAAGCGCUCCCCGUUAGCGCCGAAGAGUCCGCCGCAGGCGAAGGCGGGACAAGAACACCAAGAACUUGUUCAGGUCGGAGGGGCAUCUUCUGCCGCUGCUUCCCCCCUUUCCUCGCCGGCGGCCAGGAAAAGAAACCGGCGGAAGGGGAAGGCCUCGACGUCGCGGCCACGCUCCACCAGCAGCAGUAGACGGCGGGCCGCCGAGGUUGCAGUUGUUCCGGGUGAUGAGAACGCGGACGCUAUUUACACGAGCAGCAAAACAAUGUCUAUUGCGCAAGAACCGGGUGAUCAUCCUGUACUACAAAAGCAGGAUCAGCAUCAAAAAGACAAGCUGGUCAUCCGUACUCUUGGCGGGGAACUGGCCACUUUCGUUGUCAGCCCGGAUCCGCUGGACCAAGAAAAUAACCGCGAAACAUCAAGACCUGGAGCUUCAUUCUGGUAUGACAGACGUGACGGUCGUCGGGGUGGGCCGCGACGCGGAACAAAGGGCAGCAAGAUCACGAACAAAAAAAUCACCGACACUGAUAAAAAUUUCGUCAAGAUCCACACGGUGCAAGAGAUGUUUUUCUACUUCAACAACCUGAAUUCCCAGCGUCUUUCCGGGAAGGAAAACCCCCUGCGCUUUGCCCAGGAAUCCGAGUUCUUGUUGAGUGGGACCUUGGUGAGACUUUCUGCGGCGUCCGGACUCGGGCCAGGACAACAUGUCAGUGCGUUGAUCACGGAAUGGAAACAACUUUACCCACAGUUGUUCACCCCAGACUCAUUCUACGGGAAAACGGGAAAAAUUGAGCUCACACUGGUCAAGAAGCAGACGGCGGUGGAGAAAUUUCUGGAAACGGUGGUCAAAAACGUGUUGGAGAACAAAGAAACAACGACUAAAAAUAUCCUGGAAAACUUAGUCGACCGAGUGCACAACAAGAAAGACACGUUAGAAUCGUCCAGCGCGUUUUCCGGGGACUCUUUUGACUUUUUCCACACGGAUUUCCUGAAAUUGAACGGGCAAGCGCAACUGAUCCCGCACCUCCACCCUUCCAAAGUUGCGGUUUUGGAGGACGCGGUAAAGUUGAGCAGCCGGUUAACGCAGAGCGUAAAUGCGGUGCCUUUAGAGCAGGAUGUGGAGGUAACCGAGUACUUAGACGACGACCUUCAGCAAUUGGACAAAAUCGUCGAAGAAACCCCCGACAUCCAAGAUUCCCUGUCCGUCGCCCUCUCCCUUUACGAAGCCGAGGAGUUGGAAACACACGCGGGUCCGGACCAGGUCCCGGCGUUCGAGGACUUUCUCGCGGGUGUGGGCGCGGAUCAGCAGCUCCGGCGCGAGGAGCAAGAAGAAAUGGAGCUUGCGAACCACGAACUGCAAGUCUCCGCCUUUCAGGCUUGGAUUUUCGAAAAGCGGGAGAAAUACGCGUAUCCGAUGCUGAAAAAUUUCCUCGAACUCCUGCUCUUCGCCCUGCGCGCCGGAAGUCCGGUCCGGGUGGAGUUGAAGCACUACAUCCGGAGUUUGGUCAACGCAAACUUAUCCAAGGAUCUGAUGAAUCAAGAUGGUAAAAAUUUGGAAGCGGCAUUGGCAAAGCAGAACCUGGUGCCCGCUUUGACCGCAGAAAUCGAGUUGUUGAUCGUCCGCUGGGUGUUGCAGCAAGCCGCGAAGUUUCUUGGGCGGGUUUGCGACGCUACCAUGGAGCAUUUGAAGCUGAACGCGGAGACGAAUGAUCUUUGGUGGCACGAAAACACGGUAAGUGGGGACCUCAUGCCGAUGCACCAGCAGAUCCAGUGGCGGUCGCUGGCGGGCUACUUGCCCGCAGAUCACAUGAUCCACGCGGUUCACCACCUGGAUCCUGUGAAUCCGAAUGUGAUGAAUCCCGACCGCGCGGCGCAUGUGACCGCGUGGAACGAAUUGGUCAAGAGAAGUUUCGGAAAGGUGCAAAACAUAUGCAUUGCAAAAGUAUCGUAUUCGUAUAAUUGCAUAUACAAAUUUCCUCAGCAUGAGAAAUAAAGUUUGUAAUGCGGAUUUAGCUUGAGAAAAAGAUUUGUAAUGCAUGUUUGCAAUUACUACGAGUGCGAUGCUUUUGCACAGGAUAAAGCAUGGUCUGGGUUCUGGACAAAUUGUUCGAAACGAUGCAGUCCAUGGAAUUCGUCCAAGCCGAUCAUGAGUUUGCCGCGAAUAUCCAGAGGAGAAACGUCACCACCCCAGACGAGUCAAGAUGGGAACUUAGCAACACAAAUCAGCAUGGUUUUGCUGCUGCGCAUGACAAGUCUGGGUCUCUAGUGUACAACUCGUGGUUGGCUAGUAGUGAUGAAUUAUCCGCAUCGCAAACCUAGCUCCUCAUCCUGGCUAGAGCAUGACAAAGUCCCGGUGAGCAUGAGAAAGUGCUGCUCUUGGGGUUGCGCAUGAGAAACAUGGUAGGCAUGCAGAUUUGCAUGACAAAUCUGGGGUGGGGACGUUUUUACAUGGGAUAGCGAACAUCGCACUGAUCGGAGGAGAACAAAUGGUGGAACGCCAGAUCGCGCAGCAAAACCAGCGGCACCCCCGGCUUCCAAUCGAAACCGAGCAGGAACUGUUGCGGCGGAACGCGGAUUUCAACGAGGACGCUUGGGAUGUGGAGAAGACGGUCUUGCUCGGCCAGUUCAUCGGGUUUAUGCAUUGCAAAUAUGUCUGGGUCUGGAAGGUUGGAACUUGUGCUGCUAACUUUGGACUCUAAAAAAAUCUGUAUUGCAUGACCAAAAAGAGGAGCCCACUUUGUGCUACGCGCGGAGGGCAUUUGUCAUGUGGGAUAGGCAUCAGGAAGGGUUCUGAAAAUCUGUGAUGGUAGAGCAUACAUCACAAACAAUCCUGGGUCAUGGAAAAUAUGCAUGACAAACCUGGUAACCUUCACCAGACCCAGACAUUUUUGCAUUUGAUAGGGUUUCUGCUGUUAGAUGAAAACCGGUUCGAGUCCUGCUAUAAUGUAACCGAGGGUGCCAUGCGGGCGCACUUCACCUAUCAACUGCAAAAAUGUCUGGGUCUGGAAGGUCACAACUUGUGAUGCUGUCUGUGGAUUCUAUAAAAAAUUUGUAUUGCAGGACCAGCAAGAGGGGUACAAUUUGUGCUACACGGAUAGGGCAUUUCUCAUGCGGUAGAGGUAUCACAAAGUAGCCCUCUAAAAGUCUGCGAUGCUACGUCAUGCAUUACAGGCAUCAUGGGUCAUGAGAAAUAUGCAUGACAAAUCUUGCAUUCUUCCAGACCCAGACAUUUUUGCAUUCGAUAUCACCGGCGUGGGCCGCGGCGUUGGCCGUGUUGGCCCGAUGGUGAACCACGACACAAGCUUUCACGUCACCAUCGCGAAUAUGCUGCAUCAUUUGCAGUAUGCAUUGCAAACGUAAUCGUACUAGUAGUAAUCGCAUUACAAAUUGGCUCAGCAUAACAAAUGGAAUUUUUUGGCAUGCUGUUUUGUCUUCGGAUGGAGAUUUGUAAUGCAUGACUGCGAUUACUACGAGUGCGAUACUUUUGCAAUGCAUAUGCAACGGGCCUCCCAGCUUUCCAUGCACUACCGAGGCUUCCGCCCGGGACCGCAGAUUGGCGACAAUCUCGGUGGGGUGGUGCUGUCCCCCUUGAAGUAUCAGAAGGAAAAAUCCACCCUCCCCACAUCGAAACAAAAUUUCUGAUGCUGGAUUUGCGUACACAAAUCAGAUUUGUCUUGCAGGAGAGGACUGCAGGCCCAUAUCGUGCCGGAGUCGAGAGGUUUUGGCCUAGGCACUUAGCAUGAGGAACGUCUAUGCCGUAGGCCCAACAGCAUUACAAACCGCCUGCAGAAUGGGGCGGCGCCUGUGGCUCUGCUUUCUUGCAUUACAGAUGCGAUUUGUGGUCACAAAUCAGCAUGGCAAAUUUUCUGAGGUGUGCCUUAUCGAUAUGGGGAGGGGGGAUUUUUCCUUACGAUAUGAAGGUCGCGGCCUUCUACAGCUCUUACAUGCUGGAGGCGAGCGGCAUGUCCAGGAAAGUGGAGCGACUGUGGCAAAUGGGAGAACGAAAUUACUACCGAUCCGGCCGACUUGGCGCCCGGUUCACCGAAAAUGCUUUUCACAAAAACCCAAUGUUCCGGGAAAUCAUCCUGCUCGACCUUCCCAGCCUCUUAUCAAACAGUGCGGGGCCAGUGCUGUACGAUUCAUUGGGCCUGCAGUUUGUUCAUUUGCUCGACGAUUUGAGUAUUCCAACAGUGGUUCAAAAUUUCAACGAGACCCCCCUCGGGCAGAUCUGCCCCAUGGAGAAGAAAAUUCUGCUGAUGCAGCUGAAGACGGGAGACUUUUCUCAUCAGUGGCCCACCGGAGUGGAGAUUGGACCGCACGACCAGCAGAGCCAGUUGCCACUUCUGAAGGCCUUCCAGCGCACGUUUUUCGCCGUCGCGCUGCGGGAUUUGCUGUGGCUACACCGGGAUCAUGAGGUUCGGAAUCAGGCCUUUUUACAAUAUCACGACAGUCCCCACGCCAUCACCGUGCACGACCACUACGAUCCCAUCCCAGCGGAUAAACAGCAACACAUGCAAGUGCUGCUCGGCCCAAUGGCGGCGCAGGACGCAGUCUUCCGGCAACAGCUGCACAAGCUUUUUCCCCACAUUUCGGGAGAAGAAUUCGUCAACCACAAUCAGGUGAUCACCGUGCAGCCGUAAAUUUUGACAUUGGACGAGGAGAGUAGAGUCUUGUCGAUCUUUGGAGCCGCACUAUGCAUACUGAGCACAUAUUUCGUGUUCCUGGUCUACUCAAGGAAAAUGCAAAUAGGCAGGUGGGUGCCAUGUACUUGUACAUCCGCAACGAUGUCGCUGUGGGCGGGCAGUCUAAGUCUUUAUUUGCAACGGUUUUUAUUUAUUUUUGCAUACAUGCAGGCACAGGCAGGCACACAUUUAGGUUCACUGUCGUUACAUGAUUUUAGAAAGCAACAGCUCAACUACAUUUCUUCGCUUUUGACCUUCUGAGAAAGUCGAGAUGUUGACGUGUUGAGCUAGACAUGAUGUAUGAUCCCAAAUUAAAAACUUGAACUCGACAGCAUAAAGCUCACCAUAAAAGAACAAUUAAAACCGAAACUGCGCUGAUUUCAGCAUGCAUAAAGUUUGCAUCAGCGUGGCAUAUUAUAUGUGAUUUUUGCACUUGCGGCAUGGCGCUAGUUCGGCAACGAGGUUUUUUAGAAAUUUGCCCCAGUACUCUUUUCACAGUCAAUUUAGCCCUUUUUAUUUUCUUGCGUCAUGAUCUUUUUUCGCUUUAGCUUAUACAUGUACUUCCUAGCAAUGUGAUAGGUAGCGUGCUUAAGCUAUAGUCUCUAUUAUUCCCAAUCCCACUUAGCAGGUGGGCGACUAAAUCGACCGAUUCGUCUGGAGCUGGAACGCAAGAACAUGUCAACGACUGCAAUCAACACAUUUCUACAUUAGCUGUAUAAUACCAAAUUUGUCCUGUACAUGAGUACAUGCGUUUGGAGGCUGCAAAGCAGCCCGGAGAAG